AUGCGCUGUGGCGCCAGCACCAACGGAAACUACUGCGUCAGGGAGGAAACACUACCCGGUGGGACGCUGCACCGGCAGAGACUCUUCAUCACGCACCCGCCGGGACGCACUCGGGUACAACGUCAGAGGCGAACCCGAUCUCAGCUGCGGACCUUGGGCGAGGGACACACAUCAGCACAGGUUUGGGGCUGUGACAAAGGCAUCGCCCUGGCGGGGGUUGCGGAUACCUGCUCAGGGGAGAGGCUGUGCCUCAUUCACCACGAGCCUAAUCUGGGCCAGUGUGUAGACCAGAACCAGAUCAGAGACUCUCCUUCACGGCGUAGGCGAGACUUCAGCCAGCUGGUGCCAGAACCAGACCUGAGGCUGUCCUUCAGUGUGCGGAUGCUGCUCGGAUCGGACUCAGUGUUGAGCCAAGUGCAGAACUGCACCACUGGGUCACACUGCUAUGCCCGGCAGCUGACACCUUUGCUCUGUGACCUGUUUCAAUCAGCUGUCGGCCACGAGUAUCAGUCGAAGCUCUCCAAGCACUCGUCCCAGGUCCAGUCCAUCAGGGGCAUUGGAGGCAAGUUUGGUGUCCAGGUGGGCAGAGUUGACCAGGCUCUGGCUGCUGUGCUCCUCGGAGACGGUGGUGGAGGCCCAUCUGAGAAGAGUGUAUCUGGACGAGUGAAGGGAACGGCCUUUUCCGGAGAGGUGGCUCGGGAGCUGAGGCUGACCGAGCACUCUCCCAGCAGUCUGACUCCGAGGCCGAAGGCCGGGGUCAAGGAGGAGCUUGGCUUUGUUGUGAGCGAUGGAAGCGGAAGCGGAGCCAGGCUCUGGCUGCUGUGCUCCUCGGAGACAGUGGUGGAGGCACAUCCGAGAAGAGCGUAUGUGGACGAGUGGAGGGGUCAGGAGGAAAUGUCGCUUACUUGCGCACUGUGGUUCCGGAACGGCCUUUUCCGGAGAGGUGGCUCGGGAGCUGAGGCUGACCGAGCACUCUCCCAGCAGUCUGACUCCGAGGCCAAAGGCCGGGGUCAAGGAGGAGCUUGGCUUUGUUGUGAGCGAUGGAAGCGGAAGCGGAGCCGGCCGCAGCGAGAGCUUCGAGAAUUUCCCUUUCCUUGUGCCUCCAUGGUCCUCACGCAGGCCGGCUGGCAGCUGCAGCUGUGGACCUCAGUACAUGUCAGGCCAUUCAGCCUUUUCUUGUCAUACCGGUGGUGGGUGCUGGGACUCUGGAGGGCCACGGAGGCCUGGUGUGCUCUGGUAAAGACCCCCUGUGUCUCUCCACUUUUGUCCCCUCUCCGACCCCAGGAGUGUGCAGCUCUCGCUGCAGAGCUCCACACCUGCAGGGAGCAGCUCGUGCAGAGAGAGGAGGAGAUCGCCAACCUGAAGGCAGAGAGAAACAACACCAGGGUGCUCCUGGAACACUUGGAGUUCCUAAUCUGCAGACACGAGAGAUCUCUCAGGAGAACAUUGGUGAGGCGACAGGCAAAGACUCAGGCCGGUGUGUCCAGUGAGGUGGAGGUGCUCAAGGUCCUCAAGUCCAUAUUGGACAACGACCAAACGGAGGAUGAAACGGUGAGAGAGCAGUUACGUGUGGCACUGGAGGGGUGUAGUUUCGUAGAAGAAGAAUUAGGGGCCACACGCAGAGUUCAGCUCCAGACAUCAUCACAGGAUUUGAUUGGAGGGGGUUUCCUUUUUAUGCAUUGUUUUUAAAACAACAUAUGAAGACUAGCAGUGGGGGCCCUCACAUGUUGCUUCCCUUUCUGAGUUUCCAAGGUGCAGAGCCAGAUGAAAGAGCUCCUGGCUACCCUGUGCACUCUCAUGGCCAAGCUGGAAGAGGACCUAGCCAUAUCAAGGAAAGACCUCAUCCGUUCUGAAGCAAUGAACAGCAUAUUACAAAGAGAUGUCCGUGAAGCCAUGGCCCAGAAGGAAGACAUGCAAGAGAGGAUCACUACCCUUGAGAAGCGCUGCCUCAGGGCACAGCAGGAAGCCACCUCUCUGCAGGACCUCAAGGAUAAACUUGAAAACGAGAUCGCAAAGAAGGACUCUCUGCAUCGACAGACUGCGGAUCAAAACCGCCAGUUGCAAGAGCGCCUGGAGGUGGCGGAGCGGAAGCUGCAGCAGACCCCGAGGAAGGCCAAGUCGCUGCCCGAGGUGGAAGCCGAGCCGGCCCAGAGGGUGGCCACCCUCUGCAAGGCCGAGCAGAGGCGUGGCAACAUCGAGGAAAGGCUGCGCCAGAUGGAGGCCCAGCUGGAGGAAAAGAACCAAGAACUGCAGCGGGUAAGGCAGAGAGAAAAAAUGAAUGAAGAGACUAAUAAAUGUCUGUCGGGCACUAUUGACCAGCUCCUUUCCGAAUCUGACGAGUGUCUUCAGCGUCAUCUUAAGGAGAGAAUGGCUGCUGUGGAAGAUAAGAAGUCUCCGUUAGGAGAAGUGGGCAAUCUGAAAAAACAGUUACAAGAAACGCAACGUGAGAAGGAUCGGCUUCUACAGAGCAUGGAAGCACUGAGGGCUGAAUUAAAGCGGGCAAGACUGAGAGGCUCUUCGCUUCACCACGGGCGGACGCACGUCAGCAGCAUCCCAGCUUCCAGGUUCCGUCUGGCGGACAGCCCCACGGAUGCCAGCAGCAGCAGCAGCAGCAGCGCGGUGUUGCAGCGCCGCCGGAAAGGCCGUGUGGCCCGUCUGCGACAUGAGCCUUCCAAGGCAAGGAUCUCCAUCCUCUGGGGGCUCUCGUGGGACCCACCUGCCAGCUCCAAUGUCACGUGCCUUUUCCUGUCUGUGAGGCUCUUCUGGAACUAA